CUGUUCAAGACUUGCAACAACCCUCCUCCGCCUUUCCUUCUCCGUCUCCAUCGCAAACGAGCCCACUACCGUUUUUCCCUCUCACCGCAAUGGCUUUCUUCUACUAGCUGUUGCCCGCUUCGCCCGCUACUCCGAUCUGAUGGCGGAAUCGUCUUCCACUCUGCCCAUGCCACAGCCCUACCACCGCCGUCUUCCUCGUCACCGCGCCUGCUGCUCCAGGAGAUACCGUAGACGGCUAGGCGAGACAUAUGUCGUCGUCGGGAGAUGAUCCUCGCACGCCCGACCGUCGUACCUCGUCCUCGACUCUGUUCAACGCCUUCAGGAACUUGACGAGAGGCAGCUUCAGAAGCCCAACUCCACCACCUGCACUCUCCUCCACCACUGCUUUUCCCGCCCGCAAGUCGGUCCCCGGCGCCCUCUUACCCUCCGAUGCUGUUCAAAGCGCCCCCGCCGGCCCCACAGCUGGAGUCCCUGCCCAGGGCGGCCUCAAACCGGGCCAGGGGCCUCAGGGAGGCCCAAAGGAGCUGGAUCAUCUUGUUGCCCAGCUGCACUCUAGCCGUCCUUUGCAGCUGAGAAUAGCAGCGGUGGAGCAGAUUGUCAAGAUAUUAAAAGAGUAUCCUGUGCGCCAGGUCUUGGCGCUAUGGGCCCAGGCUAGCGAUCUGGUGCUGACUGAACAAGCGGGCGAGACAAGGGCGGCGGGUUACAAGCUGCUACGCGGGUGCGCGGCGCUGCCGGAUUUGUCUGUCGUGGAGCGCAAUGUUUUCUUCGCUGCUGCUUGUUUACGCCAGGGCACCAAAUAUCUCGACUCACGGCUAGACAUCAUCUCCACCCUCACCAAUGGCGGCCGUAAUAUCGAUGGUUGCGAGGCCCUCAUUGUCGCUUUUGUUCUGGAAUCACUCGAAGAUUGCUCCAAAGACAGCUUUGGCGUACCGCGCAAGGCGCAGGAUGGCAAAAAGAUUGCACAAGACUCCGCCGGGGAUGGCGACAAUAUGAGCAUGCUAUUCCAGUAUAUCAUUGACGUUUGCAGGUUCAAUUCGAAGUUGUUGAACGACAGUGACCUGUAUCAGCUGCUUAACAAGACCAUGGACAUCUGCGAGAGGACGUAUACGCAUGAAGAUAUCGCCAAUGCCAUCCGUCUUUUUGACACAAUCAUUGUCUAUGUUCACAUUCCUUUGAGCGCACUGAACCGCUGUCUGGAUGUCCUAUGCUCCAUCUAUUACAAGCUUGCCGACCUCCGGGAAAUCACGUGGAACGCGCUCUGCAAUCUCUUCAGGUCCCAUUUUGGGCAGGCUGCUGUUGCUGCACUUCUACGCACCGUGGCGAGUGGAUCAAACGUGAAGAUUCGUGACUCCACGCAUUUUCGAGGAGCAAUCCGGGUGUUGCAGAUUCUCCUACUUGAAGACCCGAGGAACGAUCUCCCGAAAGUUCCCUUGUCCCUUCUUAUUCCAGCGUUGAGGUCAACAAUAAAAGAACGCCAUGAGAAUCACGAAAAAGCAGUCAUUGGGUUGCUCCGUGCUUUACUGGAAGACGAAAGGAUCAGGCACACACUUUUGGACGAGGCCAAUUGGAUUGAUCUGAUUGAAAUCAUUCGCACAUGCGCCGGGCACGAAGGGACAACUGAAAGAGCAGUUGAGUCAGCAGUCUCUGCGGUUAGCGCAGGAGGAAUCGGCGCUUCCGUAACUCCGACAGGCGAAGUUGACAAUGAUACCAAACCAAACUCUGAAAUGACAACCGCUCCACCGAGGUCUGACAGCAUCACAAGGGACCCUGACGACGACCUCUAUAAUGUUCUCAGAAACCUACUUGGGCUCAGCCGCAAGAUGGAAUCAAUUCAAAGAGCUGAGAUCAUGCAGUUGCUAAUGCAACUGUCACGUCGCCUGGACGACUCUAUGGCGGAAGACGUGGUCCGCUUCUAUAUUGAGGAACGUUUGUUCUACCCAUCGAACGAGUCCUGGCUUGAGGCGUGUCGUACUCUCGUAUCUGGCAUUCUGACAGACCGGAGUAGGCCGCGCUCUCUUCGGAUCCUUUGCAUCCAUACCCUGCGGGACACGCACGGAGUAGUGGAGAGCAUCUGCCCGAGCGACACAGUAUUGCAAUGCGCGGCCCUUCUUUUAGACAACAUUGAAGCCGAAGAGGAUGGUGAGGUUCUCAAGGAGCUGGUGGAUUUUGCCGUCGAGGUGAUUGAGCAUGCUUCCGACGCCAGUUUUGGUGGUCCUGUCGAGGUCCUACGGAGACGUUUGGAGCAUCACAAAUAUAGGAUGCAAAAUUCGAAUACGGGUCCAAAUCCAGUCAUGGUUUCUUCUCCCUUCAAUCCUCGGCCUGUCGAGCAUCCUCUUGGUUCGCCCUGUAAUGUCAUCGCAACCGCUUUUGUCCGACUCUUCAUCCGUUGUGUCGUUAAAUCUGCUCGGAAAACUCAUGUUCUCUACGAGGAUCUACGCCACAUCGUUGGGUGUGAUUACUACGACAGUGACGCACGAUUGACCGCUCUCAAACUCCUCUUUCGUUUGCGCGCAGAGUCGGACCACGCCCUGCUCGUUAGCUCCUCGUCCGAAGGAGAGAGUAUAGCUGCUGUACUGUGCCGAACAGCUGAGACCGCACUUGCGGCUGAGAAGUCUGAGGACGCAAUACAAAGUGACGGUACGAAGUUUGAAGAAGUCUCGUGGAGGGAGCAGCGCAAGGUCUCCGGCAGCAGUCCCCAUUCUUCCUUGAACCGAAACAUCGGCCGGCAAGCAAAUGUCUCCGGGCGCGUUGCAAAGCCGGUGCCACCGUUGUGGAUGUAUCCGGGACCAAAGGGUCUUCCCGAGGAGCCUUCAUCCCGAGCGAGUCGGGUAGUCUUCUCCCAUGUCGACCCCGAGGAGUACCCCCUGCCUGAUGACAUUCUCGAUCUUGAAGUGACAUUAUGGCUGGAGCUGGUGAUAUCCCUGCUGCAAAAGGCUCCGGAUUGGGAAAUAUACAGUUAUGUUCUCGUCCAUCUUGGGCCACAGCUGUCCAACCAAGCUCUGGUGCGCAGCUGCGUGGCCCAGUUGAGAAUGUUACGGAACGUAGUCUGUGAGCAAAUUCGCAACUCCUCAUUUCACGAACCGCCCAGUUACACCCUGCUGAAAAAAGCGGAUGUGGCUGUGUGUCUCUUCCACAUCCUAACCGUGCUGCUCAGCUACCAUGACUACUUUGAGAAGAGUGAAGAGGACGAUGUCGUGAAAACUUUUCUCCAUGGCAUUGGCUCUUGGGACAGAACAUCCGUAUGGUGCAUCCAUGCCCUUACCGUCUGCUGCCACGAGAUUCCACUCUCCGUCUCCAAGUCCCUGGAUAACAUCAUACAGAAGAUGUCCCAGAUCAUUACAAAACCCUCAACCGCUAUCCACAUCCUAGAGUUCCUUACUUUUGUUGCACGCAUGCCAGAGCUGUACAAGAAUUUUCGUGAAGAAGAGUUCAAGAUGGUUUUUGGCGUCAGUUUCCGCUACAUACAGCAUGUACGGGACCAGCGUGACCGAGCCUCAAGUACGAGCACCUCACAGGGAACUCAACGGGCUCUGCGACACAGUGGCCCAUCGAGAGAUUUUACAUCCUCGCCUGACCGCCACACUCAAUCUAGAUCGAAAGCUGCUGCCGAUGAUCUGCCGCAGUACGUUUAUUCACUGGCAUACCAUGUUAUCACCUUCUGGUUCAUCAGUUUGAAGAUGGAAGACCGGCCCAAACAGAUACCAUGGAUUACUCAGAGGCUUCUAUACACGGACGCUUCAGGCAAGCAAGUUAUGGAGGAACAGGGCCACGUAAUAGUCGAUAUGAUGCACAAUCUGGCCUAUAACGACAGUGGCGAGACUGUACGCGACGACAAUUUCGCGAAGCCCAGUGACGGGGAAAUUUGGAGCAAGACUUGGAUCCUCGGCCAUAGCCUGAUCACCAUUGAAACGGCAUCUAGGACAGGCGUCUCCAUGAUUACCAGUCGAAGGCCUUGUGGCACGCGGUAUAUGUACACCCGCCCCGUGCUCGCUCCUCUACCUCGCCAUCAAGUUCCUCUCGUGCUUCAGCUCGAAUCGAAAGAUUUUCAUUCCACCUCAGAUGUGGCUAUUCUGCCUGACGACAUCUUCCAAACUUUCUUUGCGCCCCUCAACCUGACCGACCCGCCCAUACCACUGCCAGAUGACCCAAUGACGAAACGUUCUAUCGAAACUUUUGAUCGCAAUGCCACCGUGGAUGGCCAUAAGGUCGGGGUAAUAUACAUUGGCGAAGGGCAAAUGGGCCAAGCUUGUGAGCGGGCCAUCUUCCUCAACAAUAUCGGCUCCGCAGCAUAUACAUCCUUCUUGGACGAUCUAGGCACGCUGGUUCGUCUAAAGGGCGCUCAGUUCAAUACUGGAGGCCUCGACAGGAGUAACGAUAUGGACGGUGAAUUCACGUACUGCUGGAGAGACCGUGUUAUCGAGCUCGUCUUCCACAUCACGACUAUGAUGCCUAAGGCUUCUGAUAUCGACAUGACCUAUGCGAACAAAAAACGGCACGUAGGAAACGACUACGUGAACAUUAUCUUUAAUGACUCCGGCCUCCCUUACGACUACGAAACCUUUCCUUCACAGUUCAACUACGUUGCCAUCGUCAUCACGCCGGAGUCGCGGGCGUCGUUCGUUGACCGACGCCUUGAUUCUGACCCUGAAGGCAAAAGUCGCUACUACAAAGUCCAGGUGAUGUCGAAGCCUGGGUUUCCCGAUAUCUCCCCUGCUGUGGAGCCUAAAAUCCUCUGCGGAAAGCACCUUGCCGCCUAUUGCCGUCUUCUCGCCAUCAAUGCGAGUGUAUUCUCGCAGGUGUGGGCUAGACGUGACGGCGGUGAGUCUAUAUCUUCAUGGCGCAACCGGCUGCGAGAAAUUAAGCGGCUGCGCGAGCGAUAUGGUGCGGGCGAUCUGUCUCUUGUAUCUGGCCCAUUCAGCCCGACUUACGACCUUGGUGUCUCGAGUCCUCCACCAAGGGAAAACACCGCGUCGGCGCAGAGUUUCAAGCGUACCAGCGUCGCCACCUUCAUCAGUGAAGGUACAAAUCGCAGCAGCAUCACCAGUCCCUCACAUGACGCGUCUAACUGAGCAGCAAGUUUCGUUUUACCCUAUGAUUCAAAAGUAUAGCAUGUGUGCGGUACAUCGGAGUUUCCUAGAACAGGAAGGAUGAUACCCCUUGGCCGUUCUUACGUCUCUUUGCUUUGCUUUUUUUUUAUUUCUGACAAUGAUUGUCUCCAAAAAGUUAUUUACGCGUCGACUUCAGUCCGAAGAUCCCAUUGCUUCCUAUCCCCCCUCAGCUUCCGCCGGCGCAUUUCCUUCGUUUACAUAGUUAGACGAACGCGGUAUUCGGUCACAAGACCUAAAAAGCUACUUCCCAUUUUCUUCUGGACUAGGACUA